AUGGCGGCGCUGGCGUUGAGGUGGCCACUGCCCAUGGCGAUGUCCAUCACGCACCGGGGCACCGGCGUCGCGCUCAGCUUAGGUGUCUCUUUCUUUGGCCUGGCUGCCCUGCUGCUCCCAGAGCAGUUUCCGCACUACCUGGCCAUGGUGAAGUCGCUCAGCCUGGGCCCUGCUCUCAUCUACUCUGCCAAGUUUGCUCUGGCUUUCCCCUUCACCUACCACACCUGGAAUGGGAUCCGACACCUUGCCUGGGACCUGGGGAAGGGGUUCAAGAUCCCCCAGGUUAACCAGUCUGGGGUGCUGGUUCUGAUCCUGACCCUGCUCUCCUCCGCCGGCCUGGCGGCAAUGUGA